CUUUAAUUCUUUAAUUGGCAGAGUCCAAAUCUGACUGUAAUUUUCAUAUCUUCCCUCCGUGGAGACUUGACGAAUUAUCCAGCCCACCUUGGAUUUCUUUGGGAUAAACAUUUCUUAAGGAAUACACCAUUCAUAUAAAUGCUUCAACAUGCAGCCCCCACCGAGAAAAAUCAAAGUAACUCAGGAGCUGAAGAAUACUCUCAUAGAGCAGAUGACCAGACUGCACCUCAAACAUCAGACAGAAUGUGACCUGCUGGAGGACAUGAGGGCAUACAGUCUGAAGAAGGGCCAGUUGGAGAGGGACUAUGUCCAGGCUCUGCAGAAGCUGGCCAGUCAGUACCUGAAGAGGGAUUGGCCAGGCAUCAAACCAGAGGACCAAGGCACAGACUACAGGAAUGUGUAUGCUGUGUGGCGGUCCUAUCUGAAGGGGACCGUACAGGUGACUCAGUCUCGCAUCAACGUGUGUGACAACUACAAGAAUGAGAUCUCAGACCCUGCUAAAACUGUACGGCUAUGCAAGGAACAGCAGCUCAACAAGAGUAUAGAACAGUUGAAUCGUAUCCAGGUGGAGCUGCAGGACUCCGUGAAGGACCUGGCCAAGGCCAAGAAGAAAUACUACGACUCAGAACAGGUGGCUCAGGCCGUUCGAGAGAAGGCUGACAUCGAGGCCAAGUCGAAGCUGGGUCUGUUUCAGUCCAGGAUUAGUUUACAGAAAGCCAACGUUAAGUUGAAAGCCAAGAGGAGUGACUGUAACUCUAAAGCAACCCAUGCCAGGAAUGACUACCUGUUAACCCUGGCAGCAGCUAAUGCUCAUCAUGACCGCUACUACCACACAGACCUGCUGCACUGUAUACAGGAGUUGGAUGGAGGGAUAUAUAACCAUGUGAAGGACUAUCUGAUCUCUAUCUGUCAGACAGAGCUGGAAGCCUUUCAGGUCAUACACAACACCUUCCAGUUCCUACUGGACAAAUCCACCCGGGUGAUGCAGGAGUUUAACCAGCAGCUCUUCAUGCAGGAGAACCCUGUGUUUCAUAAAGCACAAGACUUCCAGUUCCAACCCAGCGACUGUGACACGAGUCGUAAGUUGGAGACAGACACGGGGAGCCCGACAGAGGAGCACAGUCUGAACAAGGAGGCCAGGAAAUGGGCAACCAGAAUGGCCCGAGAACACAAGAACAUCGUCCACUACAAGAGAAGCCUGGAGGAAUGUGAGACACUGGGAGUCCCUCAAACAGAGCAGGGCCGACUUGAUCUGGAGCUGAAGAUAGAGGAUACCAAAGAGAACAUCCGCAAGGCUGAGACAGUAAAGCUGAAGGCAGAGGCUCGUCUGGACCUGCUGAGACAGGUGGGCGUUGCCGUGGAUACCUGGCUGAAGAGCGCCAUGAACCAGGUGAUGGAGGAGCUGGAGAAUGAGCGCUGGGCUACGCUAAACUACACUACCCACGAUCCCUCACUCUCGGGCCCAGUUGAUGUGGAGCGGUCGGAGGGUGAGGAGUGUGAGGACAACAUGGAGGUGUUUGAUGACAGCAGCUCCAGCCCCUCUGGGACGCUCAGGAACUACCCACUCACCUGCAAAGUCCUCUACUCAUACAAGGCGUCUCAGCCAGAUGAGUUGAGUAUAGAGGAGCAUGAGAUGUUGGAGGUGAUAGAGGAUGGAGACAUGGAGGACUGGGUCAAGGCGAGGAGUAAGACAGGGCUGAUUGGCUACGUCCCAGAGAAGUAUCUUCGGUUCCCCACCUCUAGCAGCCUACUGAGCAUGCUCCAGUCUCUCGCUGCUCUGGACGCUCGCUCACACACCUCCUCCAACUCCACCGAGCCAGAGAUACACACAGGCAGCAUCAACGGAGACGCCAGCUUGAGUUUUGUGAGGGCGCUGUAUGACUACGAUGGUCAGGCGGAUGAGGAGCUGUCCUUCCCAGAGGGGGCUGUCAUCCGUCUGCUUAACAGAGACACCCAAACGGACGAUGGCUUCUGGGAGGGAGAGUUCAACGGACGAGUGGGAGUCUUCCCUUCUGUACUGGUGGAGGACCUGACUGAGAGCAGAGAGAACAGAGCACACAAACUGAUCUCUCCAUCUUCGAGGCUGCCCUCCUCGUUGCCCCCCCUCCCUCUUUAUGACCAGCCCCCCUGCAGCCCCUACGCCACCCCAGACACCCCCACCCCUCCGCCCCUCCCUCGAUCGCCCUCUGUCAAUGGGGAACACAAGCCACCUCCCACAACGUACAAGGGACCCACUCACAGUAAGAGAGUGACCAAAGCUGGGUUUAUAGUUUUUACACAUGUAAGAAGGAGUAACAGUUACAUACACUGGGUAAGACUGUAA